UGUUAUCGCACAUCAUUGAACUCCCUUAGUCGUAAGUCUGCAGGUGAUAUGAUGUACAUUGUUUGUUGACAUUGUCAAUCCACAGUCUCAUGCUGUACAGACAUUACUAGUAACCGCAUGCUACUGCACAAAUGCAUUGCUUUAUUCUCUACAAUCAUGGCAGCUUCACAAAACACAAGCCUCACUGGUCAACCGUCGGACACCUCCGUAGUACAAAUCGUGAAACCGACUGGAUUUGUCUUCCAACAGAACGGAUGGCCUCCCAACCUGCCCAAAAGCACGAAGCCAUUGCUCACAAUUGUAGGCUUCUGUUGCUUGCAUACCUCAACCAGCUCGGAAUGGUCGAACACGAGGACGCGAUCACAGUGCUGCGCAGAGAAUCGAGCUUUAGCAAUUGAGCCCGCAUGGAUGCGUGAGCAAGUUUCAUACCUGAACAACGCUUCGCAAGCGAUGCGUGAUCAUCACCACAGUCUUGUCCCUGCAUCAUCAGAACGCAGGCAGCAGCGACACAUCGAUGCCCGUGAGUAAUAAGCCACCUCAAGUGACGAUGCAGGGAAUUGAAGAUCAUACUGUCUUGCCCGACGUCCACACAACUACCAGAGCAGAAGGUGCAAACGUGCUCACUGCAGUUUUCGACAUGAAACGGCCUCUAAAGUUACCUGGAAGCUUCGUCGAGAAGGAUGACACGACUGUCCUUCAAUACUGCUCGACAGAAACAGAGAAGCUGUUUCUGGCCCAGCGAAAGCCUCUCAUCAGUCGAUCUGGAUGCUUCUUGACUCUUCUUUUUGAGAUAGAAUAGUUGCCGGCCUUGAGACUGCUGACUAUCCCUGUCCCGACUGUCUGUGCUGAGUCUCCUCCGAUUACGCUUAGCACAAACACUUGCACUCUUCGGCCGAAAGCUGUCCGUGAUGAUCGCGCCUGUCGCGGCGUCUGCGGUCUCCAACAGCAGGGGUUUCGAGUCGCUUCGGUCCCGUCGUCGCCUUGAACAGACGAAGGAUACUGUCCUUCUGCGAGUCGGGGCGUACUCUUUUUCGUCAUGACUGUUGUCGGAAGCUGCCGUUGUUGUUGUCGUCUGUUGACGAAAGGAAGGCUGGAGCGAGGGCACAGGCCCUGGAAGCUCUUCCUUCUUUCUCCUGUUGUAGCUCUUUCGUAGUUGCCUUGGUCGUUGACGAAAUUCCAGGUAUGAGAUGUUCUCGUCGGUGCAAAUAGUCUCGUCCAAUCCCUGCCUCACAUUACCGUAGAUCAAGAGAAACCGGACAGGCGCGAUGCUUUUCUAGUUUUUCAGUACCUUUGCGAAGCAGCGAACAAGGUCUGCGAUUCCGAAAGCAUUGAGAACUUCCCAAAUUUGCUCGUCCGUGCAGCGAUUAGAUGGGUCCAGAUUGUGACGGACCGAUCCGGAAAACAAGACGGGAUUCUGCGGCACGAUGGCAAUCUGGGAGCGCAGUUCUUCAAGCCCGAUGUUCGCACUGUCAAUUCCGUCAAUGAAAACCUGCCCGUCAAAAUCCACCAUCCUGGAAGGUACAACAAACAGACACCUUGAAAAAAGCACGCUUCAUAGACAGCCUCAUCCAUCACUGACCGCAGCAGUGCCAUACAGAUGGACGUCUUUCCAGCGCCAGAGCGUCCAACAAUCCCCACGGUUUCGCCUUGCUGGACAGUGAAGUUAAUGCAACUCAGCGCGGGAGGACACGCAGGCCGAUAUCUGAGAGUGACAUUUCUGAACUCGAUUGCACCGGAGACCGCUUGCCAGGUCCUGAUGCUGUUUGAGAGCUGUUGCUGCUGCAUCCUGCAUCGCGCAUCAUGAAUAUGAGAGCAUCCGACCAUAUUCUUCUUCCUACUUGCGUUGAUCGCGGCCCUUUUGACUCUUCGUUAGCUUGGUGGCUGCAAGCAAAGAGCAAGCAAAGAGGCGAAGAAAGGGAAAUGACAAAAAUUGAACCGCAAUGCCCUUCGAAAGACAGCCAGGACCUAGAACAUUGCUGCUCAAAGAACUCAGAUUCGUCAGGCCGUUCUCCCUCUCCAUCUGAAUGCAGUCAAAGGUUCUCAGCACUCGUCACCGCUGUCUGUCGCUCCAGUCGAAGCCUACCGUUGCGUAUUCCCACAACCGCUCGAUCGAUACCAUAUGCCUCUCAACCCUGACAUGCAAUUACAUGCAAUUAGACCUGUUAGCCUUCCGUACAAUCACCUCUUCGCCUCACGUGGUAGCCAUCCGUAUAGUGUGGCUCAUGAGAAAGACGAUUCUGUUGGUUGCAUAGAGCGCCAACGCCGUUCCAGCAGCCUGGCUCACCAGCGUGCUGCUUUCCAGGCGCAUUCCGAAGCCGAAAAAAAGGGGGGCCAGAGAAAGGGAGAUUAUCGAAAAGGUCCACACCACCCCUGAGCACGAUUCUCGUUGUCAAAGCGCUGAAACAGGGGUUUUUGGCCAUCGUGCUGACCGAUCAGCUCGAGACGCAGUGAGAACCACCCCUCUAGGCAGUAGUUCGCGAAUCCUAUGCGCUGGUUCUCUUCUACGUGCUUCUUGUACUCGGCAAAGUACCUUUCCUCCGCUCUACACGAGAAUACUGCUUCUUUCACUUUACGAUAAUCGCGUCUUUAUGUGUUUGAAUCCCACCUGAAUGCCCUGAUGAUGGUGAUACCCGUGAGUAGGUCCGACAAAGUGCCAUAAAUCGGCGAACGACUGACGUUCUCAAGUCUCUUGAUUUCCCUGCGUUCAUUUUGAUACAGAAGACAAAAUCACACGUGAUUUGUUUCAGUCCGUGGUUUGUACCUCAUUCUGCCGCCAUAAAGGAAAGCUAUUUUCAGGUAGAUCAGGCUGAUGAAUGGGAGCACGAAGAUCAGCAGUGGAACAGCAGCAGCGAGAAGACAAACUGUCGACCACAAUGAUGCUGUAAGAUGUGGAAACAGACAGCAUGCAUGGGAAGGACUGCAUUUCGUCUUGCUACCUGCCGCGCCGAUAGUGAUCUUGUCGGAGCAUAUCAGAGGGAAACGACAGACACACACAUCAAUCAUCAAGAAAGAGACUCAUACAGGCUGCUACCUGUAAAGUACUUGGCAGGAACUCAUCGACGGUGAAAAUGUCUGACAGCGUAUUAUGUGUGACAAAAAAGCAAGCCUUCCGUUUCGGUUGUCAGUUGCCUACCGUCUGAUAGACGAUUCAUCACACGUCCCACCGGUGUCCGGUCAAACCAAUGGGAUGGGGCGCAGAUUACACUCCGCAGCAGUUGGUCAUGUACCUCUCUUGAUGCCCACAGAAAACACGCCGCAAACCUUGCAAAAUACAGAGAAGAAGAGGGAGGGUUGUAAUGCGUGGGGGAAAAAAGUUUUGCCUGCAAACGCACCCGAAGAUCCCAACAAAACUUGCCCCCAGCAUAGAUAGGGCAACACCGCAGUAUAUGAGCAGAUAGAAGUACUGCAUCCAGCCCCGCUGCUCGAACCAAUGAAAACCCAUGUAACGACCGAAUGGAGGUGCCCGGCCACUUGUCCAGAGCCCGACAACAAACUCGAGAAGGUUUGGACAGGAGGCUGCCAUCCAAGAUGAGCAUAAUACGAUGAAGAGCACACCUAAUAUGUGGGACGUCCGAAAAUACCUACGCACAUUGAAAUCAAUAAAUCACAGCGAGAACGGAACGUGUGGCAGAUCGUUAACCUUACCACCAGUAAACUUCAAAACCCACAGACCUGAGGGAGGGUACAAUGGGAUAUUAGAGGACCUUGCACGUGCAAGGAAUCUCGUCUUACCCACGAUGGCGUUCCUCUGGCUCGACGAGCCGAGCGCCUGCGUUGGUUUUGGUGUCCUGCUGUCGUUUGCCUCUGUGCCCCGGGGGAAAGGUUACCCUCACUUCUCCAGCAUAAGCUUGUACAGAGCCGACAGAGAAGUCUCUCGCUAUGCGCGGCACGGAUGGCGCUGCAACGAGAGUCAUGCCACUGCUUUCGUUCUUCUUCGCCGGACCAGCGUACGCGGAAAGGCUUGGAAAGCUGUCAGGAUCGGGGGAAACGGCGGAAUUGUACGUUUGCAUUCACUUGCCAUGUGAUACGCUUGCUGACCUGCCUCGCUUGAUCAAUGAGACACGAGGCAAAUCAGGCCCUGAGAAAUCGUAGAGCACCUCCGGAGUACCCCUUCUUUGCAGCUCAUGGAAGCGUCCAGCGGCAGCCACCCUUCCAGCGCGCAAUACGAUGAUCCUCGAUAUUGACGGGUCCGCGAGGAAUGCACCGAGAGCGUGGGCAACCAGAACGCAGGUGCGGUGGCGUCCGGUCCUUCCUCCAGCUGCCGAUGUGUGGUGGCCCCAGAGGAUUCCAUUGGGGAACUGGAAGACCGCCUGCCACACCUUCCUCGUCGUUGUCGCGUCCAGCGAAGCAAAAGGAUCGUCAAUGAGGAACAGCUGCUGUGAAAUCUCGGUUCCUUGGUCUUCAUUGGCAAGCGAUGCAGCAUACACAGCCCUUGCCAGACUGAUCCUCGCCCGUUGGCCGCCGGACAAACUGUGCCCACCUCCCUCGAUUUCGGUGAGGUCUCCAGCGACAAACUCGGCAAGGUCUUCGCGGAGACAUACGGCAUCAAUGAUCUUCUCAUAAGCCUCAGGAUGCUGCACACGUGUACAGACACAGGCAUGCACACUGAGAGAUCCUAAACAUUGGUUGAGCUGUGAGAUCCCGCUGUUGGGCGGGAUUGUGGCUUACGAAGGGACGACGGAAGAUGAUGUUCUCACGGAUUGUGCCAGCAACGAUCCACGGUGACUGCGGAGCGUACCCGACGCCACCCCCACUGUGCCCACGAAUGGUGACUGACGCACGACCUGGAGCAGCAAAGCAGAGGCGCUGAGACACGCUUUGCCCAGCCUCAUCAACCAAUGGUUCGGUUACCUUCAGCCAGAUUCAUUUCCCCAAGAAAAGAAGCUAACAGGCUAGACUUUCCUGCACCCGACGGGCCGAGGACCACGAUCAGAUCGCCCUCCAUCACCCUCAUCCUGAUCUCCCGCAACGCGAGCGAUCCCGCAGUGUUCGCCCCCGUGGAGGCGUCCCUGGAUGGUGGGCGCCAGCUGAAACUGGCAUCUCUGAAGUCGAUCACCGGGUGUCUCUUAGCGGGGCGCGCUCGCUGUGUCCGCAAAGGUCCCACCGUAAGGUCCAAAUCGCCUGUCGUAGCCGUCCGGGCCCGCGACGUCUGCGGCACCUGGACAGCAUCCGUCACAUGGCCCUCGUCGACAUCGUAGAAGACGUCCUCCACAGCCGAAGAGACAUCAGGUCUCUCCCCCUGACUGUAGACACUAGAAGAACGCAGACGUGACGGAUUAGAAAGUGAAACACGAUCGGCAGGCGGGAGAGACUCAGUUGCCACAAGAGACGCCGAGCUCGACGUCAAUCCACGGGGUCUCAUCCGGCGCAGUGCUUCGGGCUCCGGCUCCGUGUCGUGCUCACACGCGGACUGGAAGCCAUCGACAUCACUCCCUCCCUCGCCGGGCCCUCCACGGCCCUGACGUCCAUCGGGCAGGUAGUACCCAUCGCUAGACACCGGAGGCAAUGAUGGACUGGGCGUUGGCCUUUGUGGCAGCGAUGGUGCACCCUGCCUGCCACCCGUGCCCGAGCGAGUGGAAGCGGGGGCCUCUACCCUGUCGUCCUGGAGGAGGAAGUCCGACAACCGCCGGAUAGAUACUUGAGCGAUGAUGAAGAGCUUCAGCACGCGAGGGAUGUCAUUUAUCGCAUUCAGGAAGCUACGGGAGGUACACAAGAAAGGCAGUAGCCAGCAAUGCUUCCUCCGAGAGGUGUGUGCACAUUCCCGUGUCUCCCGUUGGUCCCCGCCCCUGGCCCUACCGCUCGAUGAAUGCAAAGGUCGUGUAUGUCGAUGAUGUGGACUGGAGGGAGCCGGACUGCAGCACGAUGGUGAUGACGGUCGCCAGCUUGACCACCGCAGGGGUGCAGACAAACAGGAACUUGCUGCACGCGCUGAGGUAGGUCUGCGCUCCAAAUCGGCGCAGUUCGUUUGAGCGCAUUCGGUCGAUGCGCUGGUAGGCGUGUUGUUCCCAUGAGAGCAUCUUGACGGUGCGGAUGUUCUGGAGUAUCUCCUUGGAGGCGCGCAGCCUGGCGUCUCUGAAGAGCAUCAUGCGUCGAAUGAGGUGCUGGAUGCGGGACAGGAUGAGCCCGUUGACGGCGACCAGCAGCAGCACGACUGUGAGGACGAUCCAGAAGGACGUCUGGUUGUUGAGCUCCCGGUAAAGGAAAGUGAAGUUGAUCAGCACCUUGAUAGGCUUGGACCACAACUCGUGGAAGUCAUUGAUUGCCUCGCCCACACGAUGGGUGUCCACUGAUAUGAAGUCAUUCAACUCUCCUGCGUAAGCAAUACACAUCGGACAGAAACACCUGUCACGCACCUUGUCGACAUGCCAACCCGCCCCCCUGUGUCUGUCUGACGGUCCACCCCGUUCUACUACCCAGCGAGGCCGCCUACCCCGCCCCAACCACCGACCUGAGCUGAGUGUCACCCGUGAGGCGGCAGCAACAGCCAUGACCUCCACCUCAGUGUCCUCGUCGCUUUCGUGAUGCUUGGAGCUCCUGGUUGUGUCGGUGAGGUUCUUGGUGAUCGCUGGCCGACCUCCACUGCCUCCAUCUGGGGGCGCCUCACGUGGCGGCAGCAGCGGUGUCGACUCCGUCACGUCACUCGCGUCGGCAUCGGACAAGUCAGCGUUGCUCAUCCUCCGACUGGACGAAGGUGGACCGCCACCACGAGUGGUCGUGUGGCCCUUGGGCGGGUGCUUGUCCGAUUGAUGACUGGCCGUGAGAGCUCCCCUCUGCAUACUCCGUCGGAAGACAGCGCUGACAAGGGCUGACUUGGUGCGCAGGCCCACCCUCCUUGCCCCGAAGCGGAAGUGCUGUGUGCAUAGGGCUCCGAUGAGCUGUACAAAGACGAUAGAGGCCCCGAUGAGGACGCCGUCAUUGAGGUCGCGUCCUGAGGGGUUCUCCAUGUACUCGAUAAAGCGCUUCAUGAGCAGGGGCUGCAGCGGGGUGAGGAUCAGCUCCACCAUCUUGAGAAUGCCCAGCCAAUAAAGGGGACUGAGCAGCGACCGAUGCAGCGCCCGCAACAGAGACCGGUCCGCCUUGGUGUGCCCCAUCACCUCCUCAUCGAGGGCACUUGAGAACCUCUCACACGUCACCUCGGUCGCGUCAUUCUGCCACAGGGGCGGCACAUCAUCCGACGUGUACUGCCGCAAACCACCAAUGCUCAGCAACCUGGUACACACACACACACACACACGCACGUGCCACAAUGAGCAUUGCUCUGCAGAGAGCGAGCGUCCUUCAUCUAUCAUGUGUUGACACGUGACAUACCCGCCGACAUGGCCGAAGGUGAGGAAUGACAACCAGCCUGGUGGUCGUGUGCCCAUCGGCGGCGUCGUUGGUUCACAGGGAAGGCGGCCUUAGCUGAGCCAGUCGAAGAGCGAUGACCUGACAGAGGCACAACACAAACAAGUCACAGGAGCACUGAUGCAAAGGCGGCGAUGGAUCACUGCAAACUCGUGAAGCUUGUCACAUGCCCCAGAUACCUUGUACGAACCUUCGGAUGUGAUCUGCCCUUCUCCACUUGCAGUACGAAUCCUGCUUGACAUUUCGGCAUUCUCAAACUCAUAGAUCACCGACGAAAAUGACCAGAU